CUAAUAAUGAAACAGAUUCUCAUCUUUAUUUUCAGUGACACCAUUCGAUGUGGUCAAAGUACGCCUUCAGGCUCAACAGAGAGCAGAACUCAGACGAACAUGUUUUCUUUACUGCAAUGGUCUCAUGGAUCACAUUUGCAAUUGUGCCAGAGCAAUAUGUACGAAUGCAGAGCAUGAGCCUUGGUAUAACAGACCAGUUCCUGUGCACCUGAAUGGAACUCUGGAUGCAUUUGCAAAGAUAUCUCGGCAAGAAGGCAUACAUUCACUAUGGUCAGGCCUACCUCCUACCCUAGUGGUAGCAGUUCCAAAUACUGUGAUAUAUUUUACGACGUAUGAAAACUUGAGGAACUUAUUUGUGAGGCAUGUUUCGGACGGCAGUGGAGCUCCACCUUCUUGGGCUGGUGGCCUUGCCGGUGGCUUAGCAAGAACGUGGGCAGUGACCAUAGUAUCACCUUUCGAAUUGGUUCGGACUAAAAUGCAGGCUAAAAGCAUAACUUACAAGGAGUUAAGUAAAGUAUUGCAGACUCAGGUAUCUAAUGAGGGAGUGAUCAGUUUAUGGAGAGGAUGGGUGCCUACCAUACUUCGGGAUGUCCCUUUUUCCAUUUUGUACUGGUAUUCCUACGAAAAACUGAAAAUGGUGUUUAGACAGGAACAGCCUACCUUUUCAUUCACCUUGACAGCUGGAGCAUUAUCUGGAGGGAUUGCUGGUACCCUGACACUCCCACUUGAUGUUAUCAAGACACAUCGUCAGAUAGAAAUUGGUGAGAAGAUCCUGUUUUCAGAUAAACCACUGAAUGGAGGGUCUACUGUCAAGAUGCUUCAGAACAUAUAUGUUCAGCAAGGUGUAAGAGGUCUCUUUGCUGGAUUGGUACCCAGAUUAGCAAAAGUCAUGCCUGCUUGUGCCAUCAUGAUUUCCACUUAUGAGUAUGCAAAGAAAUUCUUCAGAAGUCGUAAGACUGAGGCUAUGACGUAACGUCCAUGAUACAUUAACCCUUGGCUAGUCAUAUCUGAAGUGAGUGUGUUCUUUGACAGAAGGUAAAUGUGCUGUUACGUUUUAUUGUUAGGUCAAUUGAAGAGGAUGGAUUUGCAAAGAAAAUAAGAACUAUUUGUCACAAAAAAAUGUGUGAUGGGCUAUGUUAAUAUUAAAGGCUCUUACUGUUACAUUAAUAAAGUUUUUAAAUGUGAUACUAUAUAUAUAUAUAUAUAUAUAUAUAUAUAGAUAUAU